AUGCUGUCUGCUCAAAGCCUCACCAGCUAUGCAGUUCCAGAAAGGGUGGUCUUCCAAGCCCUCAAUGCUAAAGUGGGUAAUGCGGAUAUGGUGCCCGAAGGCCAAGCAAGCAAGAUCUUAAACGUGAGGGACCUACUUUUGAAAAAAGCAAGAUACGCAAUAGACUGCAAUGAACUCUUACAACAAGGUUACAUGGUGAGUGGCCUCUAUGUCAUCCAGCCAGAACCAGUACAAGAAACACCCAUGAUUGUGGUGAACUGUGAAAUGGAAUAUGACUGUGGUGGAUGGACAUUGCUGGAACAGAACUCCAGACAAAGCACGAGGAAAUGGAACGAAACUUGGACCACAUACGAGUAUGGGUUUGGGAAUAUUCUGGGUGACCAUUACCUUGGCAAUAUUUACAUGCAUUACAUAACCAGCCAAAUGUGGUAUAAAGCAAGAGUAGUUUUGGAUCAGGCGAACGAGGCAAAUCAAAUUAUUCGUAGAUACGCAGAGUAUGACAUGUUCCGGAUCGGUUCAUCACUCACUGGCUACAAACUAGAUCUUGGUGGCGAAAUGUCUGUUUUUAAUAACCUGUUUGAUAAUUUGCCAUUUAGUACAUGGGAUCGGGAUUCAGAUCAGGAUUCAGCUAACUGUGCACUGAAGUACGGUGGGGGGUGGUGGUUUAAUACUUGUGCUUCUGAUACCCCCUAUGCUAUGUUGACCCAAAAAGAGUCCAUUCAUUGGGAGCCCUUUUGCAAGAAAUGUACUCGAGUCCAAAUCAUGGUCAGACCUGUCAACCUGCAUUGCUUCACAUGAGGAAAGAUGUCCAGAUACUAAUUGUAUUUCAAACUGCAAUGAUCUGUGCAUUUAGUUACUGGAACAAUGCAAUGUUUGGUUCUCUUGGUAUAGUAUAGAAAUAAACUUCA